GCCAAGUGUGCAGAAGUUGCGACUUCUCUCAUUGGCUGUGCUUUGCAGAUGUUUCAGGUCUUCCAGUUCCAUUGAUGCUCUAUUUUCCACCCGAUUUUCCACCCGAUUUUCCACCCUUGCGUCUUUGGAUGUGGUGUGGCAGUGUUCAACACUUCUACCUGCCCUGUUUUCCGGUGCUCACCAUUUCCGGUGCUGUUUUCGCUUCCAAAUAGCGGCGGAGCUAUGGAGCGGCCUAGAUUGGGCAAAGCUGCGUCCUUGGGGUCGCUGGGUAGCCUUCCGCAGGCUGGAAAGGUUGUGACAAAGCGAGGAAUCCGGCUGGAGGACCUGUGCAGACCUCGUCUUGGUCGCGGAAGCGUGAAAACCAAUGGCCGUGCUUUUCAUAAACCUUUCGAGGUUGCCUACCGAGAAAUCGCCGAGCUCAGAAACUUCCGGCGCUUAGAGAAUCUCUUCCUCGAAGCCGAUGCGGACCGUUCGGGGGAAAUGAGUUUGGACGAGUUUCGAAAUGCUCUACGGAAACCAUGGGUGCAAAGGUCCUUCUCCCUGUUGGGCGUGCAGCCACAUCAGGCUGAGGCAGUCGUCCGGAGGGUCGUUUUCAAGAAAAUGAACAGAGCCAAUGCAGAGGAGAUCAGCAUUGCCGAUUUCAUCGGCGGUUUGGAGAGCAUCCUGGGGACCGAUUUGGACGGCCCACCGAGGGACCUGGACGUGUCCUCGCCGGGUCCCAGGUUAAGCUUCCGCCUCAAGGCAGGUGAUGGAGCUGAGAACGGUGAAGCGACCGACACCUUCGGUGCAGGCUCUGUUCGCAUUGGUGGCUGGAAACACAUCUCCGCAGCGAUGGCCGUCUUGUCCCCAACUUCAAUCGCAAAGAAAGAGAAGAAGGAUCUUCGGCGACGAGGAUCCAGCAAUACAGUGGAUGGCUACGCCGAUCUGGGGUCACCCACCAGUGUUGGGCGAUCGCAGGCCUAG